GUCCCUGUCCCCAUCCCAAUUCCCGUCCCCCUCCCCGUCCCCUCCCCGUCCCCUCGCCGCGCUCCCCACCUCUCCCCAGGCCGUUCAGCCGUCAGCCCCACUUCAGGAGGACCCCCCCGUCAUCAGCCUGCCAUGAAGUGCUGCAGCCACUGCGCAGGCAGCAGCGUGCCGGAGCCAGAUGCGCGGCCGCCUGCCGCCUGUGCGAGCCCCUCCUGCUGCUGCGACGCCCGGGGGGGCUGCGCCGGCAGCUCCCUGCCCUGCCCCGGCCCCGCCAAGCGUCCCGGCAGCCCCAGCGCAUCCACACGCUCUGCCGAGAGCCUGGGGGGCUCCGGGGGCUCUGCUGACGCCUCCUCGUCUGCCGGCAGCGCCAGCCUGAAGCCGGGCACGGAGGAGGCCCUGGGCACCAUGCUGGCGGCCUCCUGCAAGCUCAGCCCGGGGCCGUCGGGGCCGGGCCCCGCCAUCGACCGCUCCUUCAUCACCACCAGCCUGGCCGCCCAGAUGCUGGAGGAGUUCCUGAGCCAGCAGGUGCCGGCGGCGGCCACCGAGGUCCCCCCGGUGCGCGAGGACGUCCCCGAGGAGAACAACCGGCCAGGCCCCGUGGCCCACACCGCCUCCCUGGAGAGGCUGCGCCGCCACAACCGCCGCUUCCAGCGGGCCAAGGCGCGCUUCCAGGGCCACGGCGAGAGCCCGGGCCAGGCGCUGGCGGCCGGGCCGGAGGGGGGCGGCGGGGGAGCACCCCGCCACAGCGCCCGGCCCGAGCCGCGCCACGGCCCGCCCUGGGGGAGCCACGGCAGCGGGUGCUGCGGGCAGGGCGGCGAGGUGCUGUGCCGCGGUCCCACCUGGCACGCCUUGCACGGCUGCUGCGCCACCGUGGAGGUGCUGAGCAGCGCCUGCCCCUGGGAGCGGGACGGCGGAGCUGCGCCGUGCCGGGAGUGCGGGCACGGCUGGGGGCUGCCCGGGCGCCCGGUGCCGCACGGCCCCGGCCCGUGGCUGUGCAGGCAGGGCGAGCCGCCUGGCUCCCCGGAGCGGUGCUGCGGCAGUGCCGGCAGGCAGCGGGACGCGCCAGGCGCUCGGCCCACCCGCGGCCCCACGGGCGGCCCCACGCACGGCUGGGCCACGCGCACCACUGCCGCCUGCGCCAUGCUGAGCCCCGAGUCGCGGAUCUGCCACGGAGCUGCCGCCACCGUGAUCAGGGCGGGCAGGAUCCCGCACUGCGAGCCCCCCACGGACGACCAGGGGCCCCCCGGGAUGCCGAGCUGCAGCCAUGCAGAGCCGGGCACCAGCCCCCUGCGUGGCUGCGGCUGCGGCUGCCCCCCGCGCUGGAGCUGGGGCAGGAGCACGGAGGAGCCGCGCCGGGAGCCGGACAGGGAGCGGAGCCGCCACCGGCACCGGGAGCCAGCGGGGACCCUGGUGCGGGGCAGGGACCCCGGGGGGGAGCCGGAGGGCCCGGCGGCCUGGGCCCCCCCGCAGCAGCGCCCGGGCGCCACGAACACGGUGCAGCUCAUCGCCAAGACCUUCGAGCUGCGGGCGCAGCGCGACGCCGCCCAAGCCGAGCGCGACCGGCGGCCCCCGUUCUGUCGCGGGGGGGGGAUGUUGGAAACCUCCCCCCAGGAGCCCCGGGGGCCCUGCUCCCUGGGGUGCUGCAGAGGGCACCCCUGGGCCAGGGGCUCGCUGCCCCCCGAGUGCGGCCGGGCACGGGGGGCAGCUCAGCCCUCCUGCGGCUGCAAGGCCCGGGGGGGGCUGGAGGGCGUGGGCUGCGCCGAGGGCGAGCGGAGCGGACGGAGCCAGCGCUGAAUAAAGGGGCCGAGGCGGCUGAGCCCGACGGCUGUGCGCUGCGGGGCGGAUGUGGCGUGGGCGAGGGGGGGACGCUGGUACCCUGCCCGCCAGGCGGGGACACCCUGAGACCCCCGCCCCAAACACGGCUGUGCCCACCCUCGCCCCCAUGCCGCCCUGGCUGGGGAACGAGCCAGGAGCUAAGGGUGAGGAGGGGUCUCCUCCUCCCACCUCGGGGGUCUCAGCCUCAGCCUCUGGCUCCAAGGCUCUCCACCACGGUGGCAUCCGGAGCCCACGCACGGCUGGGGGCC